AUGUUAUCCCAACAUUUUCUCACUUUGUUCUUCUUCCUUCUCCUCUCUUGCAACACCAUCACUUCUUCAACAUCAUCCUCACAAAAUGAUGACACUUUUGAUUUUGUUCGUCCAAUAGAUCGCAAAUUGUUAGACCUAAACAAGAUGGAAAAGCUACGUCAUUUAAAAUUCUAUUGGCAUGACAUAAUGACUGGAGAAAACCCAACAUCGUUCACAGUUGUUCCAUCACCUUCGAAGUUAAACUCUACCUUUUCUUUUGGUUUAGUCGCCAUGAUGGACGACCCUUUGACAUUAGGACCCGAAUUGAGUUCCAAACUUGUUGGAAAAUGUCAAGGUUUGUAUGCUUCUACAUCACAGGAUAAUUUUUCUUUUCUCAUGGCUAUGUUUAUGGUGAUUAACUCUUUUUGGUGUUCUAGUUUUUUCGUAAUUUAUUUGUACAAAAUGGCAUCGCUAUAA